UGCGACUUUAACAUAUGUUUGCGGACCGCCAAAAAUACCAUAGAAGAAGAAGAAGAAUGGCUUCCCUGGUUGGAUGUGAACACUACGUGCGCCGUUGUUUGUUGAAAGCUCCGUGUUGUGGUAAAGCAUACGUUUGUCGCCUGUGCCAUGACGCUGAGGAGGACCAUCAAAUGGACCGCUUCCUGGUCAAAGAAGUGCAGUGCUCAGUCUGCACAACAGUACAACAGGCACAACAAACUUGCGUGGAGUGUAAUGUGACCUUUGGGGAAUAUUACUGUGAUAUUUGUCACCUGUUUGAUAAAGACAAGAAGCAGUAUCACUGUCAGCCCUGUGGAAUUUGCAGGAUUGGACCAAGGGAGAAAUACUUCCACUGUGAGAAGUGCAAUCUCUGUUUAGCAGGAGAUCUAAGAGGAAAUCACAAGUGUGUUGAAAAUGUUUCAAGACAGAACUGCCCAGUGUGUAUGGAGGAUAUCCACACAUCCAGAAUAGGAGCCCAAAUUCUUCCAUGUGGCCAUCUUCUACACAAAACAUGCUUUGAUGACAUGGUCCAAACUGGUGCGUAUCGAUGCCCACUCUGUAUGCACUCUGCUUGGAAUAUGGAGCACAACUGGGAGCAGAUGGACAAGGAGAUCACUCAGUCACCCAUGCCCACUGAAUACCAGGAUGCCACUGUGAAGAUCAUAUGUAAUGACUGCCAAACCCACUGUACGGUGCCUUUCCAUGUUCUGGGAAUGAAGUGUGGUGGCUGUGGGUCCUACAACACAGCCCAGAAUGGGGGACUGAUACGGCAGUCCCGGGAACCACAGCCCCAGGAGCCAGAGCAGCAGCCCCAGUCCCCAUUGCCAGAACCAUAGAAUAUGUAUAAGUUGAAUUACAUUGGGACUCCACCCCCUAGUUCUCUAUGCUCCACAUUACUUCCCCAGUCUACGCAGACUUAAUUACACUAUCCAGCUCU